AUGGAUCACCUGACUGCGCUUUUCCAGGAGAUGUGGCGUCAAGGCGAAGUCCCGCAAGAUUUCAAGGACACAACAAUCGUGCAUCCCUACAAGCGAAAAGGGAAUCGCCAAGUCUGCGACAAUCACCGCGGCAUCUCCUUGCUGAACAUCGCCGGGAAGAUGUUCGCACGAAUCCUGCUCAACCGUCUUAAUAACCAGCUCGAACAGGGUCUACUGCCGGAGAGCCAAUGCGGCUUCCGCCGAAAUCGUGGGACCACGGACAUGAUCUUUGCCGCCCGUCAACUGCAGGAGAAAUGUCAGGAGAUGCGGACCCACCUGUACUCUACCUUCGUUGACCUGACGAAAGCCUUCGGCACAGGAAAUCGUGAAGGAUUGUGGAAGAUCAUGCAGAAAUUCGGCUGUCCGGAGCGAUUCACUCAGAUGGUGCGUCAGCUGCACGACGGUAUGAUGGCGCGAGUCACGGACAAGGGAUCUGUCUCAGAGGCAUUCGCAGUGACAAACGGAGUGAAGCAGGGCUGCGUACUGGCGCCUACCCUCUUCAGUCUUAUGUUCUCUGCCAUGCUGAUGGACGCCUACCGCGACGAACGCCCCGGGAUCCGCAUCGCCUACAGGACGGAUGGUCACCUCCUGAAUCAACGGCGGAUGCACUUCCAAUCGCACGUAUCCACAACCACCGUUCACGAACUCCUCUUCGCCAACGACUGCGCCCUGAACACCACCUCGGAAGAGGAGAUGCAACGCAGCAUGGACCUGUUCUCCGCCGCCUACGAGAACUUCGGUCUGGUCAUUAACACGCAGAAGACGGUGGUGAUGCACCAACCUCCGCCCAACUCAGUCACAGCCCCCAACGCGCCGCCGCAAAUCAGCGUGAAUGGGACCCAACUGCAAGUGGUGGAGAACUUCCCGUACCUGGGCAGUACUCUCUCCCACAACACCAAGAUCGAUGACGAAGUCGCCAACAAGAUCUCGAAAGCCAGUCAAGCCUUCGGUCGCCUCCAAAGCACAGUUUGGAAUCGUCACGGUCUUCAGCUGAGCACGAAGCUGAAGAUGUACAAGGCCGUCAUCCUGCCGACGCUACUGUAUGGAGCGGAGACUUGGACGGUGUACGCAAAGCAGGCACGUCGUCUGAACCACUUCCACCUCAGUUGUCUUCGUCGCAUCCUGAGGCUGAACUGGCAGGAUCGAAUCCCCGACACUGAUGUGCUGGAACGGACGGGAAUCCUCAGCAUCUACGGCAUACUGAGGCAAAUGCAGCUGCGCUGGAGCGGCCACCUGGUGCGCAUGGACGACGAGCGACUACCCAAACGACUCUUCUACGGAGACGUAGCGACGGGUUCUCGCCGUCAAGGAGGUCAGAUUCGCCGUUACAAGGAUGCCCUGAAGUCCUCCCUGAAACGCCUGCAAAUCAAUCCCACCAACUGGGAGGAGCUCGCACUCGAUCGACCGACCUGGAGGAGGGCAGUAAAGACAGGCGCUGCGAUCUACGAAGCCAACCGCAUCGCUGCCGCCAAAGCGAAACGCGAAGCCCGCAAAUCACAACUUCGCCCAGUACGCAACGCCGUCGCACAACCGCUUCCAACGUGUCCCCGAUGUCAACGGACAUUCCGGGCUCGAAUCGGACUUGUUGGACAUCUUCGGAUUAACUGCGCCUCUCGAACGGCCACAACCAUCGUCCCCCCGCCUGCCUCUUCCUCCUCCUCUCCGCCGCCAAAUAACUCUGACAAUUCUUCUGACCCACCACUUCCAUCCUCCUCCUCCUCCUCCUCCUCCUCCUCCUCCUCCUUCUCCUCCUUCUCCUCCUACUCCUCCUACUCCUCCUUCUCCUCCUCCUUCUCCCCCUCCUCAUCCUCCUCCUCCACCUCCUCCUCCUCCACCACUGCCCCAACGGCGGCCACUCAGGCGGCCGUCUCGCACAUCACCAACCGCGACACAACAACAGACACCACCCCCACCUCUCCCGACUCCAGCGAUGAGGAUCAGGACAACACCUGCCCUCACUGUGACCGCACCUUUACCUCACACAUCGGCCUGGUCGCUCACUUGCGAAUCCAUCGCACAGAGACUGGCGAGCCAGUGCCUGGAGCACCGACCUACACCCACCGCACUCGCCUCCACUGCCCACACUGCCCUCGCACCUUCACGCAUCGCAUGGGUCUAUUCGGCCACAUGCGCAUUCACGAGAGCGGAGUUGACCACAAUUCUGACACACCCACCACAUCCAACACACUCACCAGGCCCAGCACCACCCUCGCUCCAUCGCCACACGCGCCCAUCACCACCACCACCACCACCGCUUCCUCUACAGAUGACACCGACAACGUCGAACUCUCAUGCCCACACUGCCCACGCACGUUCACCUCACGCAUCGGCCUGGUCGGUCACUUGCGAAUCCAUCGCACAGAGCCUGGCGAACCAGUGCCUGGAGCACCAACCUACACCCACCACGCUCGUCUCAACUGCCCACACUGCCCUCGCACUUUCAGGCAUCGCAUGGGCCUAUUCCGACACAUGCGCAUCCACAUUGACCUGCGGUAG